AUGAGUGCUUCACUCAGCAAGCAGCUUGCAUUGCAGGUAAUCACAAUCUGUGAGGAGGUAGGCGAUGAUGAGCGGAUUGACAGUAUUCUUUUUGAGGAUGAGACUUUUAUAGAGAAGCUCAAGAGUCUCUUGCCAACAUUUCCAGCCUCAUUACAAUGGCUUAUCAAACAUACUGCAACGACGGCGAGAAAUCCGAAGGAGUAUGGUGCAAGAGAUAUUACAAAACAUAGGGCCUUUAACACCUUGUGGACGGCUUCAAAACCUGAGCUUAAGGCGGUCGUCGGAGAGUUUCUCCUCUCUUGUUGUAUCAAGCCAGCAAACUUUUGGAAAUGGAAAUCAGAACAUGUUCCAGAGGUGUCGAUAAACUGCUAUCUUGAGGAAGUGUACCGCUCCCAUCAAGAUCGACAGCGUGAUACAGUUAGAUGGAGGCUUUUGUUGAUUUCAAUCGCUGGGCUAUUGGAAAGAUUUAAUCAUGCACUCCUGAGGAAUGGUACCCGCGAGGACCUUAUUACUAUUAUCUCAAAUUCCAGCUUAAGCCUGCAGCACAAAGAUGAAAUCCGCAAGGAACUUCCUGGUUGGAUUAAUAAAUCCAAAUGA